AGUAGGACUGACAGAAAGACACAGCUGUGUUGGUCUGGUAUCUAUAGUAUUAUGCUAACAGACUUGUUUAUUCCUGUCUGCAGGGGGAGCGACCAGCCCAUAUACACACACACACAUAGUGUCAACAUCUUUGGGAGUGUGUGUGUGUGAUCAUGAUGGCCUGGAGGGGGCUUGCCUGGUGGACUCCCCACUGAUCUCCCCAGAGACCUCCACCCCGGCCUCAGCAUGGCUGGUCUGGUGCUGAAUGAGACAGGCAUGGAGGACUGUGGGAUAGAUGACAGCUUUAAGUAUGACCUGUACAGCGUGGUCUACAGCGUGGUGUUUGUCCUGGGGCUCUGCACCAACUGUGCUGCUCUCUUUGUGUUCUGCUUCCGGAUGAAGCUACGCAACGAGACAACGCUGUUCAUGACUAACCUGGCGUUGUCAGACCUUGUGUUUGUGUUCACGCUGCCUUUCAAGGUCUACUACAACGUCAACCGACACUGGCCCUUUGGAGACGAACUCUGCAAGGUAUCAGGAACAGCCUUCAUCACCAAUAUCUAUGGCUCCAUGCUGUUCCUCACCUGCAUCAGUAUGGACCGCUUUCUGGCCAUCGUCUACCCCUUCCGAUCGCGCUCAGUCCGCACGCGGAGGAACGCAGGCCUGGUGUGUGCUGCGGUCUGGCUCACGAUCGUGGGUGGAGGGAUAUCGGUCACCUUCUUUUCCACGAUCAACCAGGCGAACCGCGCCACGGCCUGCUUCGAGGGAUUCUCCAAGAGCACCUGGAAGACAUACCUGUCUAAGAUCACUAUAUUUAUAGAGAUCGUAGGUUUUCUCCUCCCGCUCAUGACCAACCUGGUGUGUUCCUCUCUGGUGCUGAGAACCCUCCGUCGCCCAGGGACCAUCAGCUGCAACAGCAAGCGCCGGGUCCUCCGUAUGAUCCUAGUCCACCUGGCCAUCUUCAUCGUCUGUUUCGUCCCCUAUAACUCCAUCCUCUUCCUCUACGCCAUGGUGCAGACCCAGGCUCUGGUCAACUGUAACCUUGAGAGGUUUGUCCGGACGCUGUACCCCAUCACCCUGUGUCUGGCCACACUCAACUGCUGCCUAGACCCAGUGGUGUACUACUUUACUUCUGAGUCCUUCCAGAAGAGUCUCACCACAGGGGGGAAGGGAGGGGUCCGGGCUGAGAGCAUCCCCCGCAGCGACACACACCUGAGUAGUGAGGCAGAGACGCAGCAGGACACAGGGACACUGACCAGGGAUGGGAGACCGUGGAGAGACACACGGGACUGGACAGUCACCAGGAGAGACUCACAAGAAGCAUCACUCACUAGAAACACACAGGACGCACACGCUCUUGCCAGCAACGGGAAAGAUACAGGAGUGAAUGAGACUCAGUUCUGACACUGCAGGAGAGACAGGGAGAAAUAGAGAGAGAAAGAGAGAGAGAGAGAGGAAGAGAGAGAGAGAGAGGAAGAGAGA